AUGUUCAAAUCCAAGGGGUGGAGGUCAAGUCAGUUUGCAAAAACAAGUGUUAGAAAAUCUGUUGAGGAUGUGGUUUUUGACAAUGAGUUUUGGAAAAAUGUUUUGAUUUGCUUAAAAUGUGCCAAUCCUUUGAUGGAAGUGCUUCUUUUGGUGAAUUCAAUCGAAGAACCAACCGCUGAUUUUACUUAUGAGGCAAUGGAGCAAGCUAAAGAGGAGAUAAAAAGUAAUCUUUCCAUUGAAAGUUUUAUGCCUUUAUGA